AUGCGCGCAAUGAAGCAAGAGGCGUCCGCUCUGCGGGUCAUGCUGCGGGAAGCGCAGGGCGUGUCCCAGCGCCGCCAGCCUUCCGCCCCGCUUCCGCCCCCGCCCCCGCUCCCGCCCAUCACGCCCAUCAUCCCCUCCACUGCCGCCGCAUCUGCCGCUGCUGCAGAUGCUGACGUUACUCCUACAGAGAUAGAAGAAGACUGCCCGGUCUCUCCUACCGCCUCCUUUGUUUCCUCGGGUUCCACUCUCCCUUGGGCGGAUGCUACUCAGACGCUCUCCCCCACGCCGUCCUCUCCUCUGCUCUCCUCCUCCCUCCACUCCUCUCACCCCGCUGCUGCUGCCGCCGUCCCCCCUCUCUCCCCUCCCCUGGCGGCUUCCGCUGCAGGGGCAGCGUCUCCUGCGCCAGGAAGCCGCGCGGAGCCGUAUGUUUCCCCCCCAACGACGCCAAGGCCCCGCGCGGUGUUUGCGCGCCCCUCUUCCUCGCCCUCCGCGUCUGUCUCGUACUUCUCCGCUCCCCGCCCGUCCUCCCCCGCGCCCUCCCGUUCCCGCGCGCACUUCAAACUGCCCUUUCUGCCCUCGUUUGUGACCCGCGCGGCUACUGUAACCAGCGCCACCAGUGCCACCGGUGUGUCUGAACCUGCAGCAGCAGCAGCUAAGGCGAGAGCAGCAGCAGCAGCAGCAGCAACCACAGCUGCCGCCGCUGCUGCACAGCCGACCACGCGAGGGACUAGCUUCGCGAAUGCGAGAUUCGCAGGUGGUAAACGCGCUGGUGCUAGAUCACCCUCAGGUCGUUCUAAUUCUCCUCCCAUCCCCGCCUCUCCCCCUGCUAGAUUCUCCUCCCCCACACGCACGGCCGCUGCCCCCGCUGUCUCUCCUCCCUCUCCUUCGUCCCUGCAUGGCCCCUUCUCCUAUCAAAGCUCCACCUCCUCCUCCUCCUCCUCCUCCUCCUCCGCGUCUCGCUAUCAGCCGCCGUCCGCCUUGCUGCUCGCGUCUCUCUCUGCUCUCGAGCCAUCCUUGUGCCCUGCCUCCUCUCCCUCUCGUCCGCGCUCGCCCUACUACGGCUCUCUGAACUCUGCGGCAGUAGGUGUAGGAGCGACAGCAGCAGCAGCAGCUAGUGCGGGGGCAGGUUCGGCACCGACCCUGUGGUCCAGGUUCGUCGACGGGUUUCGCAGGUACCCACUGCUGUGGCAGCAGCAACCGUCACUGCAGCAGCAGCAGCAGCAGCAGCAGCAGCAGCAGCAGCAGCAGCAGCAGCAGCAGCCGCAGCAACAGCCGCAGCGGGAGCAGCAGAACAGGGAGGAGGAGGAAGUGGAAGGGAAAGAGGAGCAGCAGCAACAGCAGCCGCACCAGCACCAGCAGCAGCGGAGGGGAGCGUGGUUUGGAGCAAGGUGGGCGGAUUGGGUAGUGGCGUUGGCUCUCCUCUCAGCAGUCACCUCCUGCGUCAUCACCCUCCUCCACCUCGCCCUCUCCGCCCGCGCUGGCGCAGGCGGGGCAGCGCGCAUGGGGCGCCUGGGCAGCGCGCCCGGGCUUGGGCUGUUGGGCGGAGGGGGGAGGCUGGGCGCGGUGGAGACUGUGGGGGAGGUGAUGGUGGGAGGAAGCAGCACGGGGGCGGAGGAGCAAGGAGUGGUGCCGUGGCAUUUGCGUGAGGCGCGGCCAGGAGUGCUGGAGCUCAACCCUGGCAACCUGCACGCCGCCCUCCGGCGCAGGCCAACAUUCCUGAUGUUCUACGCGCCGUGGUGUCCGCACUGCAGACGCAUGGAGCAGGCAUGGGCGGACCUGGCAGGCAGGCUCAAGGACCUCGAUUUCAACGUGCAGGUGGCGCGCGUAGAUGCCUACCGCUACCCGCAGCUGGCCGAGGAGUUUCAAAUCCCGGGCUUCCCCACGCUCGUGCUGUUUGAUGGGGAGCGGCCGCUGGGCAUGCACCGGGGGAAGCGGGAUGUCGACACGCUUGUCGGAUUCGUGGACGCCACACUGCCGUGA